ACCGGCCACUCGAAAGAGAGAAAAAGAGAGAUUCACUUUGCUUUUUCGUACCUUGUGAAUUGGCAAAGAUGGUGAGCAAAACAGAGCAAACCCAGUUGGAAAGGCUUGAGAACCAGGUCGAUAAUGGUGGUGGAGGAGCUUGGGAGUACCUCUGUUUGGUCAGAAAGCUCAAGGUUCGGCGUUCCGAGAAAGUUUUAAAGCAUGGUUUGUCGAUCUUGAACGACCAUAGGAAGCGAUCCAGUCUUGGUUCCGAAGAAUGGACUCUAUAUGAGCAAGUAGCAGUUGCAGCUAUGGACUGCCAAUGUCUUGACGUUGCAAAGGACUGCAUAAAUGCUUUGAGGAAGAGAUUUCCAGAGAGUAAAAGGGUUGGUAAGCUAGAGGCUAUGCUGCUUGAAGCAAAAGGCUCCUGGGCAGAAGCAGAAAAAGCUUACUCAAGCCUUUUAGAAGAUAAUCCUCUUGAUCAAGGAAUCCUCAAGAGGAGGGUAGCCAUGGCAAAGGCACAAGGCGAUGUUUCGGGGGCAAUUGAUUGUCUAAAUAAAUACCUUGAAACAUUUAUGGCCGAUCAUGAUGCCUGGAGAGACUUGGCUGAAAUCUACGUCUCUCUUCAAAUGUACAAGCAAGCAGCAUUCUGCUAUGAAGAGCUACUAUUAUCACAGCCUACUGUUCCUCUACACCACUUAGCUUAUGCUGACGUACUUUACACACUGGGCGGACUGGAAAAUCUACAGGCAGCAAAGAAAUACUAUGCAUCCACUAUUGACUUGACUGGCGGCAAAAAUACUAGAGCGCUUUUUGGGGUUUGCUUGUGUUCCUCUGCCAUUGGGCAGCUCGCAAAAGGUCGGAACAAGGAAGACAAAGAGAGCGAGCUACAAUCUCUGGCAGCAGCAGCCUUGGAGAAGGACUACAAACAAAGAGCACCUGCAACACUGUCCUUGAUUACGACCGCCUUAAAAAGCUUAAAAGUUUCAUCAUAGCUCUAAUUUAAUUGAAACUUUGUUUAAGUAUUUCUCUUCUCUAAAGUUGUGAUUGGCAACUUGAUGCUAAAGGCCUAGAAUUUACACAAGGAUUUUCAUAUUAUUAUUUUUGGCAUUUUGUCCCCAAAUCAGUUUAAGGGUGUGCUUUAUUCUCUAUUUACUCUGUAGUAUGACAAUGACAGUCUAGGAUUGUACAACUCAAUUGGGAUAUCUUGUCAAUUCUCCAUCUUGUGUGCUCUCCCUGCUAAUUUGUUUAUCUUAUAUUUCUUGGAAGAAAAGUUCAGAGUA